AUGCUAAAAGAAAUAGAGGCAGCAGAGGAAAUUAAGAAUUUUCUGGAGAGAAAUAACCUCGUACAAUAUUAUGAUUCGUUUUUGAAUCUUGGUUAUGAUGAUCUGCCACAGCUUCUCGAGAUGUCCGCCGAGGAUUUGAAUGUUGUGAUUGCAGAAGUUGGCCUUGUUCAUAAGCCAGGUCAUAGAAAACGAUUUGUUGCUGCCUUGCAAAUUUUGAAUUCCAAGUCGAAGCAUGGAGAGCCAAGCCACUUUGAUACUGUUGCCCACUCAGUGAAAGACAAAAUUUCCACUGAUAUAUCUACAUGUAAGUUUUAUAUUUUAUACAUUUCAUAUUUCCGCACAUCUUUGUUUCAAUAAUUUGUUUUGUAGUCAAGACGAAUGUCAAGAAGGGCGAUAUUCAUAGAUUCGACUGUUAA